UGAUACAUUAAACAUAUGCCUCUAGGUCAGGGCUGAACUGGCAGAACUUUACUGCAGGCUAUACCUGAGUGUGUUCCAUGGCAUCAGACAGGUACUUUCUUCACCAUGGAAUUUUGUUACCAACUGUGGUUCACAAUGAGGAGAGUCUGAAAUAUGCCAAUGAUUUCAAAGUUCAGGACAGCGAUGUGUUUGCCAUUACUUACCCCAAAUCAGAAACUCACUCUUUUGAAAGUUUUAAAUACGCGGAGGAAAUUAAAGUUGAAGAUGAAGAUAUUUUCACAGUGACUUACCCAAAGUCUGGCACCACAUGGAUGCAAGAGAUUGUACCUUUAGUCCUAAAUGGAGGAGACCUUACUCCAGUGCAAACUAUUCCCAACUGGGACCGGGUUCCCUGGCUGGAGGAGACACGAGCAGCCCUAGUUCUGGACCGUCUGCCCUCACCACGGGCAAUGGUCUCUCAUAUGCCCUACCAUCUCAUGCCCCCCUCCUUCUUCCCCUCCAAAGCCAAGAUCAUCUAUGUUACCCGGAACCCAAAAGAUGUUAUGGUGUCAUCAUUUCACUUCCACAAGAUGGCCAGUUUCCUGGAUGACCCUGGGACUUUUGAUGAGUUUCUAAAUAAGUUUCUCUCUGGGCAAGUGUUGUUUGGGAAGUGGACAGACCAUGUGAAAAGCUGGCGAAAUUCAGAUCUGGGAGACAGAAUCCUAUACAUUACCUAUGAAGAAAUGGUCAAGGACCUGCGGGGAGUGCUGGAACGCCUCUCACGGUUCCUUGGUCGGGACCUAAGUGAAGAAACUCUGGAUCGUGUAGCCAACCACUGCUGUUUCAGCAACAUGAAGUUAAACGCAAUGUCAAACUACUCCCUGGUGCCACAGGAGAUCAUGGAUAGCAGCAAGUCCACCUUCCUUAGAAAAGGGGUUGCUGGAGACUGGAAAAAUCAUUUCAGUCCUGAGCAGGAUUUCAAAUUCACAGCUGUCCUAAAAGAGGAAAUGAACGGAACAAACAUAAAAUUCCCAUGGGAUGAGGAGUGAACAGGUGGAAAUGUACCGACAACGUUUUCUUGACAUUGCAGGCAAUUAGACAGUGGAGAUGUAAGUGUAAUGUCACUUAUGCAUUUAUUCCUCAUUAUUAUUUUUCAAUUAUUUAUUUUUCUCGCUCUGCAUUGUUGGGAAGUAAGCAUUUCAGUAUUAGUCUACACCUGUUGUUUAUGAAGCAUGUGACAAAUAACAUUAGAUUUGAAAUGGUCCAAAAGUCCUGCUGCCACAGGAAUGACUUGUGGUUAACUGGAUAUUUUGUAACUUUGUUAGUAUUUUGAUUGAACUCAGUGCUUGUUGGUUAAGUCAGACCGGCUUUCAAAUCAAAGUUUAUUGGUCACGUAUACAGUUCUGCAGAUAUUAUCGCAGGUGCAGCGAAAUGCUUAUGUUUCUAGCUCCAAUAGUGCAGUAAUAUCUAGCAAUACAAUAACUUUCUGAACUA